AUGGUUCAAAAAAACUUAACUGAGCUAUUGUCUCAAUUGAAUGUGCAAUCUAAUAACUCUGAACAUGUUGAUGCUGCAAAGACCUGCAAAGAACUAAUUGACAAUGGCUGUAGUAAAGAAGGUGAAGUUUUCAGACAAUGGUUGGUUGCUUUGAUAAAACAGGAUAAAUAUCAAGCUGCAUUUGAUUUGAUUAAGCAUUACAAGGACUUGGAUAACAGACACGGAUCUGAAUUUGUUUUAGAAAAAUUAUACGUAUAUUACAAAUUGAACAGUGUCCAUGAAUUUGAGCAAGUUUACAAAACGUAUUCCGAACAUGUCACUAACAAGAACCAAAUGGAAAGAGGAAUUCUUCAUAUAAGGGCCCAAUUCUGCUAUAAGAAUGGUAUUAACAAGGAAGCCCACGAAAUUUACGAACAUUUGUCAGAAUCAAACAAGGAUGAGGCUGACGAUAAUUCCGAAUUAAUAUGUAACAUACUUGUCCCAUUAACAGCUGACCCUAAAUUGUCUGAAACCUGGGCCAAUCUAAAACAUGAAAUAACUGAUAUGCUAUCUAGUGAAAAGUCAUACGAUGUCUUAUUCAAUUAUUCCAUUAUUUUGGUUGCCUUGAAGGAAUAUGAGUUAGCCUUCAAGGUAUUAGAUAAGGCUCACGAACUAGCUGUUCCAGAAGGUUACCAAAACGAUCUGGAUACGAUCGAACUACAGAAGUCAUACCUGCUUCAAAUCACAGGGCAAACUGUCCAGAGUAAAGAAAUCCUGAAGCCUCUACUGGAUAGAUUGGUACCUGGAUCACCACUCCAAUUGAUAGCCAAUUCGAACUAUCAUGCAUUUGUGGACUAUUCCAAAUUUACAACUAAUUUUGACUUAUUAUUAAGGCAGAUAAAUCAAGAAAGAUUCUAUUCUUACCAUUUGCAAAAAUAUACCCACGAGCAAUGGAAACUAAUAAACAACAACUUGCUAUUUUUGAAUUUGUUUAACAACAACCAAAUUAAUAGAAAGGAAACUAUUCUUGCCAAGACUUUGCAUAAUUAUAAGAAUCUCAUCGACAACGUUGCUAUUGAACCAUAUAAGACUCAAGCUAAGAAACUAUAUCACUUUACCAUGCAAUCAAUAGAUAGUGGUAUCAAUGGCAGUGCAAUUGGCAAUUUACUGUUAACAGUUCAACUUUUGGUUGUUGAAAAACAAUAUGACAACGCUAUUAGGAUCUGUGAGAACUUUUUGAGCAAAAGCGGCUAUGCGGAGAAGUCCCCUAAGCUAUUUGAUCAAAACCAUUUAGUUGUGUGCACUAUACUUUUCCAACUUUACAGAAUGUCUUCGAGAAUAGGUAAUAUUAACAGACUGGUAGCCAUAUUGGAAAUGCUACCCGAAGAAUAUAUUAAUGAUAACUCCUCCUUCUGGAUAUACGUCGCAUACGAAGCUUUAGCUAACGGUAAUAUUGAAAAAUCAAGAGAAAUUCUACAGAGGUUAUCAACAGACCAAACAAAUAUAACCCCCGAGCAAAAUGAAUUAAUAAAUGCUGUUUUGAGUUCCAGCGAAUCUGCAUUUGAUGAAGCUGUUAGACUUGUUGAAGAUAUUGAUGUGGAGCAAAUCAGAUCUGCAGGUAUCCGUCCAAUCGCACCAAAAUCAGCCGAAAAAAGUGCUACUAGUAUACUAAGAGCUCAAAAGAAAAAGCUUGAUAUCAAAAAGAAGAAGAAGAGGACGGCUAGAGCAAACAAAUUCCUUGCUAAGCGUGAAGUUGUUAAGAAGAACCCUGAUCCAGAAAGAUGGUUACCUCUAAAGGAUAGGUCUAGCUACAGAGUCAACAAGAAACAAGCAGGUAAAACAACACAAGGUGGUGCUUCAAGCAAAAAGAUUGAACAAGCUCUAGAUAUAACAAAGAAGAAUACUGCCUCCAAAAGUGGAAAAGGCAAAGCUAAACCAAAGAAGAAGGGUAAAGGCCGUAAAUAA